AUGGAUAACGGUAUCGAUUUACGUCCGGGUGGCAGACUGUCUGAUCUAGAGUAUGCAGACGACAUUCUACUACUAAGUGACGAUCCAGGUAAGUUGCAAGCUUUUCUGGACAGUUUGAAUGCCAGUGUUGCCAUGUUCGGCAUGCGUUUUGCACCUUCAAAGUGUAAAAUGCUACUACAAGAUUGGGUUGAUCCAGCACCCAGUCUCACCCUAACUGGGUAA